AAGGGUGACCCGCCGUUUCCUGCCUCACGCCUGCUGGGAAUUUGAGUCCCCUGCCAGAGCUCGUCACCACGUCCCCAGUGCCAGCCUCGGGGUGAGCGGCCUUUCCCCAAACGCCUGCUGGAAAUUUCCAGAGGCACCACAGCAGUCCCGAAACAACAGUCUGCUGUGCCUCCCCGCAGGCGCUUCGUUUUGGGAUCUAUUGCUCCUGGCAGGCACGCCAUGCUCUGCUUCACCGACUGAAUUUAAGCCUCUUACGUGCUGCUCAGUUGGAGGGGUUCAUAUUAAAAUUAGUCCCAGCACCGUGACUUUUCCAUCAUGUCAGAACCUAUCACGCUCAAUGUUGGAGGAAAACUGUAUACCACCUCUCUGUCCACUCUGACUAGCUUUCCAGACUCCAUGCUGGGAGCCAUGUUUAGUGGGAAGAUCCCAACCAAGAAGGACAGCCAAGGCAACUGCUUUAUUGACAGAGAUGGCAAAAUCUUCCGCUAUAUCCUGAACUUUUUACGAACUUCUCACUUGGACCUCCCUGAAGAUUUUCAGGAAAUGGGCUUACUGCGGCGGGAAGUAGAUUUUUAUCAAAUUCAGCCCCUGAUUGAGGCCUUGCAGGAGAAGGAGGUAGAGCUUUCUAAAGCAGAGAAAAAUGCCAUGCUCAACAUCACCCUCGAUCAGAAGACCCAGACUGUUCACUUCACUGUCCGAGAAGCACCCCAGAUUUACAGCCUGUCUUCCUCCAACAUGGAAGUGUUCAGUGCUCACAUCUUCUCCACGUCAUGCCUGUUCCUGAAGCUUCUUGGUUCCAAACUGUACUACUGUUUCAAUGGAAACCUUUCCUCAAUAUCCAGUUACCUGCAAGAUCCCAACCACUUGACCUUAGAUUGGGUUGCAAGUGUGGAAGGCCUCCCUGAAGAGGAGUACACCAGGCAGAACUUGAAGAGACUCUGGGUGGUGCCAGAUAAUAAGCAAAUCAAUAGUUUCCAGGUGUUUGUGGAAGAAGUGCUGAAAAUAGCCAUGAGUGAUGGCUUCUGCAUAGAUUCUGCUCAUCCACAUACUUCAGAUUUCAUGAAUAAUAAGAUUAUUCGCCUAAUUCGGUACAAGUAGGAAUGGCUGUUUGUGGUGCCAGCAUGGAGAUAACACAGGUUAAGUGUUUCCCUUUGAAACACACUUACAGCCUAACUCAGAAUCAUGCUUAUCUGGAUUAAGAGUCACUAACAAGGAGAUGAUUUUCCUUUAAUGUACUUACCAAUACGACCUUUCAGAAUAUGUCCAUAUUCCAGACAGAAGUAAUAUUGUCUAGCACCUGAAUUUAAGGACUGGCUCUGUCUCUGCCUCUGAUCUGCUGUACAGUUCUGGGGAAGAUCACUUAACUUCUGUCCUCUCUGCAUUUUCCAGCUGGAAAAUGAGUGAUCUUUAACCUGCAUUGCCAGGGGAUGACAGGGGUCCGUAACCAUGGUUUGGAACGUAUCUGGAGAACGGAUGCAGUGAAAGAUACCAUGGAGCUGCAGUGCAGCAGACAGCCCUAGGAGCACGUUUGCCAUGUCUUGCUGUAUCACAUGUGCAGAGCAUUCAAGAAGCUUGUUUGGACCUGCAGAGAAGAAGCCCUCCCACAUGCACUCAAUACAGCUGUAAAGAAUGGUGCAAGUUGCGAGUGAGGGAUCCCAUCUCUUGGGUUCAACAAGGGAUUUCUGUCACUUUGUGAAGCUGGCUUGGGUUUUUUUUCUGAACCCUGCGAGGAAGCCCCUGCUUUGUUCUGCUUUCAGGGAAGCCGUGUUGGAAAAAUGUGACUGGCAAGGAAGCCUUAGAAGAGAGAAUGGCAUUAUUGCAAACCAAGAAGAUUAAACCUUUACUUUUACAUUCCAAAGGCAUCCGAGACAACUAUCCCAUUUCUUUCUCUUACAAUAUUAAUAUUUGUCUGAAGGAUGCUGCUUAAACUUUCUAAGGUGAGGACAGAUUUUGGGGCAGAGGCCCCCAAGUAUCUACCAGACCUUUGAGCCUCUUUUGGGCAUAUCUCCCUUCAGCAGUGCCUGGAAUGCAUGAGAUGCUCUCUGGGUAGGAUGGAUUUCAUUUGAAAAGACAACAUUCUCACCAUUACACCUAAUGUUUUUUCAUUGCAAAAACAGAAGGUCAUUUUUCCUAUCCUGGUUCAUUGAGCCUUCUUUGUUUAGUAUCUUUGUGAAAUGGUCAGGUCACUAAAAGAAUUUUGCCUGCUUGCUUGGCUUCAGUGUCUGCUUGCCAGAGGGAAGACAGUGGGAAACCAGAGUUCAAACUCUUCCCUACACACCUGGUCUGUGCUGUAAUGAAGAUCAUAACUCACUAGCUGCAUGCUGUCUCUAAACAUCAUUUGUGCCACAUUCAAGAUGGUUCUUUCUCAGCAAAUUAUGUUUAAAAGUGUCUUAAUUGUAUUUCCCUAACCAGAUUGCUGUGAGUGCAUGACAGGCCCCCUGGAACAUUUUCAGGUAUCUUUAAUGAGAUAGAAGGGAAAAUGCAGUAACUAAGAUUUGCAUUUAGUUUUAGUGCUUCCAAAGGAUUCUAGCUGCACAGGGCUCAGUACAGGGCUGCAAAGCUCAGUACUGUGCAUGUUCUUGUUUCCCAGAGUAACUACUCUGUUGUUACAUUAAGCUGACCUGUGAACAAGCAUAAAGAAGCUUUUUUUCUUGUAAAAAACCAGUGUGAUCAAUGUAUUUCUACUGUCCCAAACUGUGACUGCAUGAACAACGCAAAUCAGCAUGCUGGUGGGUAAAAUGCACAUUCUGCAGUUGUUACAAACCACUGCCCUUUGUCUGACUUGGUGCUAAACCAGCAUGAUAUACAUGGGACCAUGUUGUCAGAAAGCACUGAUUGGGCUUGAAGCCCUCAGAACCACUAAACGUGGCACAUUUUGUGUAUUUUGAGGAUUAUAAACAGGAUUUUGUGACCAAAUUCCAGUUCGAGUCACCAUGUUCUUCUAUAUUUAGUCACAUGAGGAAGAACUCUUUUUGUCUUUUUUUUUUUUUUUUCAAUCCCAGUCCUGAAUUACAAAGCAUGAGUUUGCCAGUCAGCUGGACAUUGACAGGGAUGAUCUGUGCUGGUAAUAUGAUUAUGAUCUGUCAAAUGAACCCUCUUUCAUCAAAUCUGUGACUUGAAACAGAUAUGCUGUUGCUGAAUUUAUGAUAACAGAGAUUUUGGGGACUGUUCACAGUAUUUCUUUUUAACCCACACCCUCGAGAGUAGAUUUUAAAUGAUCUGUAACCAGAGCUCUUGUACGUCAUAACCAAAAUAAUACUCACCAGUAAGAAUUUUUUUCCUGUCAGCUUGAGUUUAUCCAAAGGUAAGAGCAGUGAGCUUAGAUCUCAUUUGGAAGGGUGGAGGGGGGAAAGUCUGACCUACACCCUUUAGAGCUCUGAAUCAGUACUGCUCCAUUCUGUUUCAGCAAAAUAAAAUAUUCUGUGGGAGUUGAAUCAUUACUGUAUUGUUUUUAGUGAAAGGUAAGUAAGAGGAGCCUGUAAAAGGAGAGAACUGGACUCAGAUCUUCACCUGGGUACUUUAACCCAUCAGUCUGUUAUGAGGAAGAUGAACAAAUUGAAUACUUGUUUGUGCUCAUGCAAUUAAGUCAGUAAAAGGUACA